AUGAGUUAUAAUAAAUUAUGCAUGUUAUUAGGAAUAAUUAGAAAUAAUAUAUGUAAAAAUAAUAAAAAUAUAUUUUAUGGUAUGUUAUGUAAAUAUCCUCAUAUGUAUGAAGGAAGAAAAAAAGAGAUACAUACAACAAUAUCAAAAGGUGAUAAAAUGAAUAUGCAUAUAAAUGUUUUUAAUAGUAUAUAUAAAAUAUUACUUGGAAAAAAAUUGGCAAACAAGAAAUUUAUAUUGCUCUUAGCUUUUUCCAUAUUAGCUAUAACAAUUGAUGUAAGAUAUGCAUCAUGUAAUGAAACAGAAUAUAUAGAAAGAUCUGAAGAUUAUUUUGCCAAAAAUAAUCAUUAUGAAGAUAUAACUAUAGAAGAUCAUCCUUUAGGUAACAGUGAUGAAGAGGAUUCAGAUGACAGCAAUUAUGAGAUACAAUAUGAAAACCUUGAUGAGUUGAGUAGUUCAUAUUUUUUAAGAAAUGAGCAUCGUUUUUCUAUGGCUCAAUUUGCAGCCAAUUCACCUAUUGAAGAUAGAUGUUUCAUAAGUAAUAUAAAUAUUGAGAUAGAUAAUAUUGAGCCACAAAAUGAAACAAAUAUUUUGAUGAAUAAUUUUAUAGAAGAAUUUAUGGAAAGGAUUCAAUUAAGAAUUAAAUACGUUAGAAGAUAUGAUGUUGAUGGAACACAUUAUUUUAAUGGUUAUCAUUAUUUAGGAGGAUAUAAUAAUAUGAAGCAAAUAAAUAAAAAAAGUGAAAUUAAUGAUAUAACUGAAAAUACGAAUACAAAUAAUAUAGAUUCAAAUAACGAGAUAAAAAAUAUUAGGGUGCACAACGAUCAAAAUAAUAGCGAAGACAAUAAUAUAUCAUACGUAGAUCAAAAUAUGGGAGAACAAGAUAUUUCAAAUGAACAAAAUAAUGAUAAUCCUGUUGUUAGGGCCAAAACAUAUAAUUUUAAUAAUGGUGAAACUAGUAAUGAUGUACAAAAUAAGAUGUCAAAUCCUUCAUUAAGACAUAAUAGCAAUUACGGAUUUAAUGAUGAAGCACAUAGAUUAUCAUAUGAGGAUUCAAAUAGGAUAUAUGAAGAAAGUUUAACUGGGUCAAAUUUUUAUAGCCUUAAUGAUAAUGAAUAUAAAAAUUUUCAAACUUCUAAUCCCAACUUUUUGUUUGCAGCAGUGAUUGAUGGUCAUGCAGGAGGAACAAUUGCUGAUGUAGCAAGAAAAUCGUUAGGAUAUUAUUUGAAAAAAGAAUUAAUUGAAAGAAGAAUAAAUUCUAAACAUGGUAAAGGUAGAGAACGUGCUAUUAUAUCUGCUUUAAAAAGUGCACAUUUAAAUUUAGAUAAUGAUUUAUUAAAUCAGAGCAGAGACUAUUUUUUAAAUGGUACACCAAAAUAUGCUAGAACAGGUGCAUGUUCUUUAAGUGUACUUAUAGAUGAACGAAAUUACUAUAUAAGUAAUAUUGGAGAUUCUGUAGGCUUAUUAAUUAAAAAACAUUUUUAUUUUCCAAUAAAUAGUAUACAUAAUGCUAGUGAAUUUAAAGAAAAAAGAAAAUUAUUAGAAGAACAUCCAAAUGAAGAAGAUAUAUUAGUUUGUAAAAUAUGUACUCGAGAUUUUAAAGUUAAGAAUAAUGCAUAUGAAUUAUGUAAAACACCAUUUCAUCUCUUAUCACAUCACUAUGAUAAUUGUUAUGUUAAAGGUAGAUUACAACCAACCAGAAGUUUUGGAGAUUUUCAUUUAAAAAAAAAAAUGUUUGCAUAUAGUGUUGAUCGAACAAGAUUAUUUGUAUCAGAACCACAUUCUUUUCCUUAUAUUUCAGCAGAACCAGAUAUACGUGUUAUGAAAAAACAUCCAGAUGAUCAAUUUAUUGUCUUGAUGUCUGAUGGUGUUUAUGAAUACUUAAAUCAUGCUCAAGUUAUUAAUGUCAUUAAAACACAUGGUUCAUCUCCUGAACGUGCUGCAAAAGAAUUAAUUAAUACAGUUCUAGAAGCAGCAGCACAUAGUAAUGGAUUCACAAUGAAGCAACUUCUUAGUCUUGAUCCCGCAAUAAAAAGAAAUUUUUAUGAUGAUGUAUCUGUUGUUGUUAUUAAAUUGAAUUAA